GAUUUUUCAUCUACUUCAUACGAAUCGUUUACAUCCAGAAAUGGUUGCUUUCCAUUUCGGUGCCGAACAAUGUCUUUAUCUUGCAUUAAUAUUCAGCAGCGAAAAAUAUUAUCAUUUCUUUCGUUUAUUAAUAUCAUAUUGUCAUCAGAUUUAUGAUCCUUUCAUGAGCAUUGAAGAUAACACAAAACGUAGAUUGCAACUUUAUCAUGAUUAUUGUCAAGAACCUCGUCAAAAACAUUUAGAAAUAUAUGAACGACAUUCAAAUUUUGCUCGAUCUUUAGGUCUACAUUCUAAUUCAAUCGAUCUAAUCAUCCGCAAAAUACGACAUGAAUUUCGAAUGCAAGCAAUCGUAUUGAUAUCCGUGCCAAUUACAUUGUUUUGUAUGGCAACGAUUUUCCUAUACAGUAUUGAUCCAUAUCGAAAUAAUUUCUGGUUAUUCAAUUAUUCAUACUUUUGGUAUUCAUUUUACAAUUUCAAUUUGGCAUUUUUCACCGCCAUUUGGGCCUAUUAUGGUCUAGUAUAUACAACCAAUUUAUUUGCUUAUUUUCGAAUAAUCUGUUUGAUUUUAAUUGAAAAAUCUAAAUUGAAUCAAAAAUUUUUGGAAAGAUUUCAACCACGAUCAAGAAAGUUAAUGAUCAGGCCGUUUCGGCGACAUUUUUACCAUCAAUCCAAGCUUUAUAGUGAAAUUCGAAUGAUCAAUGAGUUUUGGUCUAAAUAUCUAUCAUUCACAUUUCUGGUGUAUAUAUCAUUGUUUUGUAAUGCAUUAUAUGUGACCAUUAUGACCGAAACUAUUAUGUCAUUGAAGAUAUUCUUUUUUACAUUUACCAUACAAUCAAUGUUGGUCGUCAGUAUAUUGACAAUGAAUGCCGCCACUUUAUUCAAACAUAAUUAUUUUAGCCAUAAACAAUAUUAUUCAUUAAUGGGUAAACAUUUUGAUCGUAUCGAUUUGUCAACCAAAUUCAAAAUCACGCAAACAUUGGACCUAAUCAAUAGCCACAUAGUUGGCUUCACAUUGAUCGAUGAGAAUGUUAUUCAAAAUGAUACAAUCAUUUCCGUUUUAUUUCAGACAAUAACGUUAUUUUUUCUAGUAACACGAAUGGUCUAAGAUUAAAAAAAGAAAAAAAA